UGGUAUGGAGGAAAGAUGGAGGGAGCAAACAGACAGACAAACAGUCUGGAGACAUAUUUGCAGUAGUUCAGGGUGUGAGAGCAGACAGGAACAGAGAGAAUGGAGGUAUUGUGGGGAGAAUCCUGGUGUGACCAGGAAGGAGAGAGGCAGGCAGACAGACAAACAGAACUGAGGAGUAAGAGGAAUGGGAGAAUUAGAAUCACAAAGAGUAUGGCCGAACUACACACUGGGAACAAGAUGCAGAGGAACAGGGAAGAGAGAGGAAGGGGGUAGUAUGUUCACAUCCCCAAUGUGGAGAAGAAAACCCCAGAGUUUCUGGAGACUGAAAUUGGACUCAGCAAGUACCCAUUCUCAAGCCAUUUACUGAGGAUGUGGUUGGGAGGGGGGGUGGUACACAAAUCGCAUCUGGGAGCUGUGUGUGGGGUGGACUCUGUGGUGAAGUCUCUCUCACACAGGGGAACUCCAAGGGCAUCAACUGUCAAUACCCUGAAACAGGCUGGAGUCACCUGGCACUUCAGUGGCUCAGCAGGCAGUCUGGAGGCUGGAAGAGGUCCUGCACCUCUUAAGACAUUGUGGUUUGGGAAUGGGAGGCUUACUGAGCUGCUCAUUCAGUGUGGCACAGGUGGAGUGGGCAGAGAGUGAAUGGCCUUCCACAGCCACAGCAUAUGGAAGACUACUCACCAUGGCCAGUGCAAUAAGAUGUGUCAUCUGUCACUCUGGAUACAAUCCAUGUGAGCAUAAGGGGAAUGGAAAGAAGCAUUGGACUUCUGUUUCUCUCAGAACAACUGGGAGAUAUGUGGUAGUCCCCACUAUGAGAAGACUUGAUGACUGUGAUACAAGUUUACAAUUAAAUAGUUUUCCAACUUCAGUGGGAAUUCAUCAACAAACUCUCAUUGGAGAAAAACCUUUUGAGUACCAGGAAUAUGGAAAUUCAUCUCUCUCUACUGGAACACUGUGCACAUGUGGUGUGGCUCACAGUAAAAGAAAAUAUUAUGAAUGUAAUCAGUGUGUUCAACCCCUCAGUUCUUCCAGUUUUCUUCAAAGAUGUGAAAAAGCUUAUGUGGGAAGAGAAAAUACUAAAUGUGAGUCAUCUAGUAAAGGCUGUAGGCUUGACAGGCAUCAUCAAAUACCCCAUACAAUCAAUGAUGAAGAGACUCUCUGUCAAUGUAAUCAAUGUGAAAAAGCCUUUAGAUCUGAUUGUUCUUUAGAAGUAUACAAAAGAACUAAUUUCGAGGGAAAAUGCUAUGAGUAUAAUCAAAGAUAUAAAACGUUUGCAUGUCACAGUCUUCAGCAUCAAGUACAUAGAAUUCAAACUAGAGAGAAAUGCUUUGAAUGUUAUCAAUGUAGUAAAGCCUUUGUACAGAUGAGUGAUGUUCACAGACAUGAAAGAGUUCAUGCUGGAGAGAAACCCUAUGUGUGUAAUCUAUGUGGUAAAGCCUUUGCACAAAAGAUUAUUCUUCAAAGUCAUGAAAGAAUUCAUACUGGAAAGAAACCAUAUGAAUGUAAUCUAUGUGGUAAAGCAUUUGCAGUGAAGAGAUAUCUUCUCCGCCAUGAAAGAAUUCAUAAUGGAGUGAAGCCCUAUGAAUGUAAUCAAUGUGGUAAAGCCUUUGCACACAAGAAUAAUCUUCAAAUUCAUGAAAGAAUUCAUACUGGAGAGAAACCCUAUGAGUGUAAUCUAUGUGGUAAAGCCUUUGCACAAAAGACUAGUCUUCAAAGUCAUGAAAUAAUCCAUACUGCAGAGAAAUCCUAUGAAUGUAAUCAAUGUGGUAAAGCCUUUGCACAGAAGAGUCAUCUUCAAAGUCAUAAAAGAAUUCAUACUGGAGAGAAACCCUAUGAAUGUAAUCAAUGUGGUAAAGCCUUUGCACAGAAGAGUAGUCUUCAAUGUCAUGAAAGAAUUCAUACUGGAGAGAAACCAUAUAAAUGUGAUGAAUGUGGUAAAGCCUUUGGAAGAAAGAGGUAUCUUGUCCACCAUGAAAGAAUUCAUACUGGAGAGAAACCCUAUGAGUGUAAUCAAUGUUGUAAAACCUUUGCACAGAAGAGUAGUCUUCAAAGUCAUGUAAGAAUUCAUACUGGAGAGAAACCAUAUAAAUGUGAUCAAUGUGGUAAAGGCUUUUCACAGAAGGGUAGUCUUCAAAGUCAUGAAAGAAUUCAUACUGGAGAAAAACCAUAUAAAUGUGUGAAUUGUGGUAAAGCCUUUGCACGGAAAGGUAGUCUUCAAAGUCAUGAAAGAAUUCAUACUGGAGAGAAACCCACCCUCUAGGCCCCCUACCCCCGGGCACCAGCCAUUCGGGGAAGACCUGCCCAACUUGGCCCCAGGUUCUGGUCAAAGGGCA